AUGCCGGAGCACUGGACCGAGCUUAGUGCGGCAAGGAAACAGAGACAGCUGUGCUCCGAAGAAAUCAGAGCGCUGAGGAGCUCAUGCGACCAAGCAUGCGGCAAGAAGCCGGUGACGGAAUGUCACAGCUGCUACGGGAAAUCUUUGGACCGGAUGCGACUGCGGUAUACCGAGAGCCAAGACCGCGAGUGGUUCACGCAGCGAAAGGCCUUUCUGCAUGAGCUCGAGGGACUGUUUCACGAUGCAAAAGAUGACAAGCGGAGCCUGGACUUCAUCGAGUCAAGGAUAGAGUCAGAAAAGGAAGCUUGGUACCGUUGGGUCUUGCGAAAAUACCCCGAGUUCAUCGCCGUGUCAGAUCAUGGCGCCAACCAGGACGAGUUGAGGGGUAUGCUUGACGACCCGGAUCGAUCGCGGCAAGAGCUGGUGACCAUGAUGCUGGAGGGGAUAGGAACUCCGGCAGACUGGCCGUCCAGCGUGGAUGCCCUUGCGGACAAGGCAGCUGCCAUCAAGGGUGAUGCGGCCGAGUUGAAGAAGCUGUACACGGCCCAGUUUUUUAUGAACCGCACUUCGGACCAAGUCCUUCAGAAUGCCAACAAGUACCUGGAGGAAUACAAGGCCAGCGAGAGCGUGACGCUCGAAGACAUUAUCGACCGGAUUGCUGCGGACAUGAAAGAAAGCAGGAACUCGCAGCCACAAAGAGACUACCACCAAAGACGGCUCGACGAGCUGCGAAGAGCAAAGACGGCGUUUGAGCAUGACAAGGCGCAGGCUAAGAGCCGAGCAUCUGGAAACCAAGCGUCUACUGCGAGCGAGAAACUUGGCAACCUGCCUCCUUGUCAUGUUUGCCAAAGGACCGUGGACCCUAGCGCCGUCCUCUCGUGCUGUUUAUGCCAAGUCGUCACGCAGAUGGGGGGCAGCGACAAGCUGACGGUCUAUUGCACGGAAGAGUGCCUUCUCAAGGGUCAUGAAGAACACGUCGCAGCAGCGCACGACUGCGCAGCGGGCGACGAAUGCACCCAGCUGCGCGACGAGGACGUGGAGAUGGAAGAUGGGACGUCCCAGACGGUGUCGUGCAAGGAGUGUCUGGACCAGAGGCGGAUAACGCUGUUCUGCUCCAGCCGAUGCGCGAGGGAAAACGUUGCUGAGCACAGGAAGAACUCACACGGGGUCAAGACAUCGACCGAAGAGUCCGAUGAAGCCGUGACGUCGAUGCAACAAGUGGUUGAGGCGACGCUGGCGAGGGAGAAUCCGGGGAUAGCCAUGACCCGGGUUGAAUAG